GGCAAAGUUUGUACUUCUGGUGUCAUGUCAGCUUGCAUUACCGGCAGCGUGGUCUAGUGCUGCUUUAUUACCUGCUCGCAUUGCAGUAUCUGAAUAAAAAUAUGAUCAAUAAGAUCUUAUCAGUUGAUUGAAGAGCUGUUCGUAAUAUCUGAAGAAAUGGCAGGUGCAGUAGAAGAAAAAAGUCGAGGGUUGAAGUUCGCCGAACAACAACUCAUUCGACACGGUUGGGAACAAGGAAAAGGUCUUGGCAGGGAUGGGAGUGGAAUUUCAGAGGCCAUCAAAGUCAAAGUAAAAUGUGACAAGGGAGGGGUUGGUCACAGUCAGGGGGAGCAGUUCACCUUCCACUGGUGGGACCACAUCUUCAACAAGGCCUCCUCCAACCUGGUCGUGGAGUCCGGCCAGGAGGGCAUUAAGGUGAAGAAGGUCACAGGAGAGGAAGAGGAGGGUGUGAUAUCCAACAAGAAGCCCCGUAAGGCGGAGCUAGCCAAGGCCAAGCUGUACGGACGCUUCGUCAAGUCAGGAACCCUUUGGUCUGGAGAAGAACAAACAGAAAAACAGUCUUCCAGUUCAGAGGACAGCAGCGAAUCAGAGGAUGAGGACCAAAGACUAGACCUGUCUUCCACCACCAAGCUGUCAGACGCAGAUCUUGUGAAAGCUUGCGGAGGACGGACUGCACACAAAGGAGCCAGGCAUGGCCUGACCAUGUGUGCCAAGCUAGCCAGGCUGGAGCAACAGGAGCUGGAGUUUAUGGAGAAGUAUGGCAAGAAGAGCCAAACCGCAAAGACCAUCAGCACAGAGACGGCCUCCAACUCUGCUGCCCAUAGUCCCACGGGAGGAGAGCCUGAGGGGGACGAGGGCAAGGGCAAGAAAACAAAAAAGAAAAAGAAAAAAUCGUCUGAGGACAAAGCGGAGAGGAUGCUCAAAGAGGACAGGCAAACAGCCCCACUUCCUGAAACGGACGGGCCGCCCAUCGUUGCACAAAAGAGGAAGAAACGGUCUAAGGAGACACGCGAGACUGUGGGUGAAGGACCAUCGAGCAUUCCGAGUUCCCCCCGGAAAAGCUGCAAAAAGAAAAGACGUUCUUUUGAGGAGAAGACGUCAAUAGAGGUGAGGGAAAACUGUGGUUCCGAGUACGAGGUAAAAGAGGACUAUGUUAAAGAAGGUAGUAAAGGUGGAGAAAAAGCCUUUACAGAGCAGAGAGGGGAACAUGCUUUCAUUCCAGAGGUAAACCACGACAAAAAUGUUCCCAAAAAGAAGAAACGCAGUAAGAACAAAGUCGUGGCAUCUGUAGCAACAGAAGGGGACUGCAGCAAUGAUGCAGAAUCGAAUAUGACUGAGACAGUUCGCAAAAAGAAGAGGAAAGUGAGCAGCGAUGCUAGCAUCCUACAGCUUGAGCAAGAGGAAGAGCAGAAUACACAACAAGCGCAGAAGAAGAAGAAAAAAACACGUAAAGGGCAGGAGAAGGUGGAAGAUGAAGGAAGGGAUGAAACCAGGGCAGUGAAAAAGAAAAAGAAGAAAAGAUCUUGUGAACCUGAACAUGAUUGACUGAAAAGGAGCCCGGAAAUGGGAAGGGAAAAGUGUUUAAAGAAUUUUUCGCUCAAUUGUAGGAGCAUUUAGCUAUAAGACAGGCUGUAUUACACUGCUAUAAGACAGGCUGCCCUAGACUACAGACAGAGCAAAGGCAGUCUUAUCAAAUGGGUGUUACAGUAACCCCUUACAUAUCUGAAACACCCAGUCUAUCACUUUUGGUUGAUUGGAAUGCUGUUAAAAUGCAUCAUUAACCCAAGACUAAAGUGAAAUGUUUUAUGGUCAGUGAUUUGCCGACUGAACUGCGUGUUGGUUUCCCCAAGCACAGGGUCAGAGUAUAGCAAUUUAUGCAUCACUUUUGUGCCAAAACAGAAGACCAAGUAAUUCAAGCAGUCUCUUUAUUGCAUCAUUUAAACUACUCAGAAAAUUUUCCAAUGCUGUGCAGCACUAUGAAUUUAGAGUUUUUAAAAUUACAGUAUUUAAUAUGACUUCCAGUGAAUACAGGUAAGGGCACGCUCAUUUGAGUGUCUUGCAUAUUUUCUGAAUCAUAUUGAAGGAUUGUAUCUUUCUUUAUUCAGACGUUUCAUUUUAAAUUCUGCCCUAUCUUUGCUCCUAACAGUAUUGGGCAUAUUUCAAGUCUGAUUACUGUAACAGUUGUGAGUAUGUCUAGUAGGAUCUUUGCACCAUUGACUGCUGUAAAGUAGUGUUUCUGUUCUGUUCACUUAUUUCCUCACUGAAUACGAUUCAGGUUGAGAUUAGUCAUGGUAAUGCUGUAUUUAUGUAUCCCAUCUAUGAAAUAAGACAAGGCCUUCAUUAGGCUCUAAUGAACUCUGCCUUGACAGCAUGGCCUUUGGUAAAAACAAUAAAGUGGAUUUUUAUUAGA